UUGCGGAUUUGGUAUAUAUGCGAUAUUACUAAGCUUUUGAAUGUGUGCUCAGAGACUUGGCAUAAGGAGGAUAAAGCUGAACGUUUCAACCAGGUUAUCGACACCCUCUAGGGUUGAGAAACCCUAUAUCACAAUGCAUGAAGCUUAGGUUAGUGCAUGCAGGUUGCAUCAAGGAGAAACUUAAGCACCUUGGAGGUUAUGCUAUGGCACCAAAAAUCCACUAUUUAUGGAGCCGCACGCUGAUCCGGAGGCACAGGCUAAACUGUUACCAUAAUACCCCCUUGGUUAGAUAUUGGGGUGAGUAUAUUAGGGUGGGUAUAAUAGGCAUACCAGGGGCGGCAUUUUAUUACUUUUGAAAACAAUUUCAUAAUAGCAAGCUUGAAAACAGGUAAAUCCAAGUG